CUAUCGAGUAUUUUGAUUUAGUUUCCGAGACUUACGUAGAUGUGGCAAUUUUUUUUCAGUCGCGUGUGUAAGGCGCGCGCGACUGCCUCGUGUCCCCUGACUCUAUAAGUUUCGUUAAAUUUUCGAUUUCUCCCGCGCUUCAAUACGAACUUUGUUUUCAGGUUUACGUAAAGUAAAGUUGAGUUGAUAAGCGACAAAAAACUUUUUUUUUGCUUUCGGAAAACUGUGAAAGUGUACUUUACGUGAGUGAUAAAACAUUUGGAUUUUGUUUGUGCUUCAUAAAAACAUUGGUAAAUGCAUUUUCGUUCGUGUUUGGAUGUCUUAGAUUAAGAUGAUGUAUAUGGCUGAUUCAGAAGACUGAUAAAUAUUAUAUCGAAGCCAUACAUAAUGUACUCAUGAACAAAAUCCUUAGGACGGGCUCGUUUCAGGUUGUGGUCCUCGAAAGAGUCCAAAUACUGCAAUGACUACUGCGAUGGCAGCCCACCAGGAAUCUAUACACGAGAGACUUCAGCCAGCGACGGAGGAACCGCUGUACUUGCACCAUGGAGCCGCAUCCUGGGCCACGGAGGCAUCGGAUAACCACGAAGACCACAGCACCGAUAUGUCUCCUUACUACAAUAUGCCUAAAAGAAACAAACGGAAGAACUUCAAGCCCAGAUGUGCUCCUAACGCGACAACAUUCUCUGAUGAUUCCAACGGAGGACACUGUACCUUAGAGAGCCCAGUCAAUGGCAACGAUAGAACCUCACCGGAUCAGUUGGUCGAAGAUGAAACUGACGAUGGUACCUUUGCAAAAAUUGGAGUUAAAAACUUCAAUCUUCUAAAAGGAGGAGCAGUCGAUCUCAGUAGAAGAUUAAGUACUGAUUCAAAUGAAAACAUAGAUUCAAAUUAUCAAAAUAGUUUAGUCGAUGAUAAGAAAGUUGAUACUUUCCAACGUUCUUAUAUACAUAGUUUACAAAUAAAUCAAGAAGCUGAAAGAGACAGGACCGUGUUGAACUUUAGCAAUUUACAGAACAAAACUUUUUGUGCCAAAAAUCCUUUUGCUAUAUCUCAAUUAAUUAAAACUAACUCACCUCCUAGAAGAAGGGAAUCUGAUUCCGACGAUGACAAUAAAGAUCAUGAUAUUAACGCUAAUGAGAGAUUGGGAGAAGUUCAGGAACCAAUGGAAAUGGUGGAACCUCAACAAAAUGGUGAUGUAAAUAAUACAACAAAUAGGAUCUUAAGAGACUACGCUAUAAACACUAUGAAGGAAUUUUUAGGAAUUUAUGGACUGUCUUCUAAUGAAGUAGCUGAUGCUAUUAGCGGGCAAAUACGAAAUUUGGAAGCACUACAAGGUAAACCGAUAACUCAGUUGCCUAUGAGUUUGAAGCGCAGACACGAUUCAGGCGAUGGCAUUGACAGGAGCUUGAGAAGGUCGUCAUCAGCGACUGAAGACGAGGGCUCUACUAAUAUAACACCACCGAAAACGCCGGACAAUGACAUAGAAGCUCAAAGACAAAGAGCAUUACAGAUAAUCAACCAGCAAUCGAUGAGGUUAUUUGGCAGAUCUCAAAGUCAAGAGGAAGAUGGCAGCGGCUCUGAUGAUGGAGACCAGACUCUUGAUCUGAGUGUAUCGAGAGACGCGGAUGGACAGGAACAAUCAACGACAUCUAGUACUGGCAACAGCGUGUCAGAGUUCGAGCAGCAAAAUAUGCUUAUGAGAAAGAAUUUAGAGGAUUUAGCUAAUUUACAAAUGCAGGGUUUCUUCCAAAAACAAUCAAUGAUGGAUGCAGACGAUUCGCAAGAAAGAAAAUUACAAGCAAGUGGUCUUCUAUCUGCAUUGAAUCACUUGGAUCAGGUUCGGAAGAAUUCUUUACAAACAACAGUGGAUUAUUCCAGAUACGUUAAAAGAUACAGUUCAACGUUAGAAUGCGGUUCAUCUUACUGCAAGGAUCUGGGCUAUCGAGAGCACUUUCAUUGCAUGGAUUGCACUGCGAGGGUCUUUUGCAAGAAAGAAGAAAUGAUCAGACAUUUUAAGUGGCACAAGAAACGUGACGAAUCUUUAGCGCACGGUUUCAUGCGUUACUCUCCCCUCGACGAUUGCUCCGAGAGAUUCAGCGACUGUCCUCACAACAGAAGCCAAACUCACUAUCACUGCAUCCAAGAUGGCUGCGAUAAGGUGUACAUAUCAACGUCUGAUGUACAAAUGCACGCGAACUAUCAUCGCAAAGACUCUGCCAUUCUGCAGGAAGGCUUCCAAAGGUUCAGAGCAACUGAGAGCUGUGCUGCACCUCAUUGUGUAUUUGCUGGACAAAGAACUACACAUUUCCACUGCCGACGACCUGGAUGUACAUAUACAUUCAAAAAUAAAGCUGAUAUGGAAAAACACAAAACUUACCACAUCAAAGAUGAAGCCCUAUCAAAGGACGGUUUUAAGAAAUACAUGAAGAACGAAGCCUGUCCCUACAGAGACUGUAGAUUUAGUAGGACUUGUAACCACAUACACUGCAUUCGACCACAUUGCAACUACGUUCUGCACUCAAGCAGUCAGAUUUUCACGCAUAAGAGGAAACAUGAGCGAAAGGAACAAGAAAUGAAUUUCGGGCUUCCAACGUCAGUGAUCCAGAGCGCACUGAUGCACCAGGGUGCGGAUCUAAGCAUGUACUCUCCUGGAAGUAACCUUCAUAUAGAUGAUGAUAUGUCAAGCUCAAUGCUUGAUGACUACUCUAAUCCAUACAAUCCAGCGUUAGUAGAUGAAGUAUCUCGGAAAUAUAUAGAAGUAUUCAAUGGCAGUAAAGAAGCGGAAGAUAAAUGUAGCAAAUGCAGCGCCCUCAACAAGCACUAUCAUUGUUUGUUCGAAGGCUGCAAGAUGGCACACAGUUGUCACAAUACAAUGGUGAAGCACGUCUUAGAACACGAACAACAAAACCAAGUGACGGAUGCUUACUUCAUGACGUUCUCGCGGAACAAUCCCUGUGGGAACUCCGCCUGUCAGCACAUCAGGGACAUCACGCAUUACCACUGCACUUGGGAAAACUGUGGUGCUGUAAUCCUGUCAUCUGAAGAACACCCAUUCAGACGUUUGGAACAUCAUCGUCAACACGCGAUUCUCAGCCCUAUGUCACCAAACCUAGCGGCUAGAUUCGCUCCAAACUUUACACCUCAACUCUCUGCUCAAUUACACCCAAAUAUGGCGGCCCAAUUAGGUCAAGUGCCGAAUUUACCAAAUCUCCCGCCAAAUCUUGCUCAAUUGGCGCAGAUGACGCCAAGUCUUUCUUCUCAAUUAACGCCUAAUCUGCAGGCGCAAUUAAAUCUAGGUCCAAAUCCCAGCAUAGUGCCACAACAAGUCAACCCAUCUAGUUCUUUAGAUGAAAUGUUUAGCAGGAAGAGAGGAAGGCCACCAAAGAAUAGAGUGGUUGAAGUUUGGACAGAUAAUGUAACUCCUCAAGCCAUUUUUACGUCAUUCAAAUUACCAAAAAGUAAUCAAUUGCCACCAGCAGUGCCGUCCCCGGUCAUAGCUACUAUUGAAGAAUUUCCUAGAAUAAAAUUCCAACACUUCGAAGUUUACACAGUACCAGACACUUGUGCGCAAUAUUACCCUAACUGUCAACUAAGGAUGACCAGACUACACUUGCAUUGCUUCAACUGCAGCUUCACGGGAGAAACCCACAUCAUUAUGGAAACUCAUAUGAGAGAAUCUCACUCCAUCUCACCCCUUCUAGAAGGAUUCGAUUACUUCUCAUCCUUCGAACAAUGCGGUGGGAAGAGUUGUUUCAAAAAUCAACUGAGAUCUCACUUCCAUUGCGCCCAAGGCAACAAUUGCCCAGCAAUACUAACUCAGUAUUCAGCAUUAGCUACACACAAACACGGAAGAGGAACUCCAGUUAUUAAAAGUGAAACAGAUCAAGAGAAAUCAUUUGACGAGGCCAAAGAUUAUUCUAUAAAAGAAAGAGCGUCUGCUGAUAGUGUUAGUUCUAUGAAAGAACACAACGAAUCUUAUACUCCAACUAAUUUCUCUAUAAAGAGUGAAUUUGAAAGGGAACAGGAUAAUAUUUCGGUAGUAAAAGCGACUGGAACGUUUUAUCCGUCGUCACAUCUCCGAAGCAACACCUCAUCACCCUCACCGAGAAGCAUUUACGAUGCAUCACCAUCAAAGGACAUGAAGCUUCGUAUGGAAUAUGAACAGAAAAGACAAUAUGAGCCUCCAAAGCACUCAGGACCAACAAUACCACCAUCAUGUCACGAUCAAGCUUGUCCCUUGAACAAGAAUGCUGGAGGAAUGAACUUGCAUUACCACUGCCCUCACUGCAGUCAGGCUUACGUGGAUUUGAAGUUGCUUUUCAGUCAUAUGAUGAAGAAGCAUAGCAAUACUAUGGAACAAGGACCUGUUGGAUUGCAAGCGACUAAGGAAACUUUAGAACGGGAGUAUCCAGAAAUUUCAAUACUACCAUCCACCGCGUCUUCCUCCACUGCUGGUCAAAUGCCCUCGCCGAGUCAAAGACCAACUAAUCCAGCUGAGCAAGUUCAAGCGGUGCAAAGUCUUCUACUCCAGCAGUACCUGGCAGGUGGUCGCAAAGGCAGUCUUCAAGAUCAGUUGAAAAUGCACCAACAAUACACGGCCUCUUUGGCGGGUUUGCCUGGCUUAGCACAAGUCGCAUUAUUCUCACAAGGAGGGUCACCGUUCCCGCUGUACCCCACCAUGCUUUAUCCGCCUGAGCUGCUGUUGGAACAAAGUCUGAUGCAGGGUCACGGAAUGCCUCCAGGCAUGGACAAGGAAGCGGAAAUGAUUGCCAAAUCCAGGCGAACCCAUACCACCAGAGGCCCUCACAUGCGUGUCAUGAAGGAUGAACCAAUUCCUGAAGGAUAUCUGAGGUUUAGGUUCAAUGAGGAUUGUGCCUACCAGCACUGCGGCUAUAGAGAACAUCAAACUCACUUCCAUUGCACUCGUAAAGAUUGUGGCUAUUCAUUCUGUGACAAGACAAGAUUCGUUCAACACACAGCCAGACAUGAACGAUUGGAUACGCUCAUGGGUGGCGACUUCCAGCAAUACAGAGCGAACGUCUACUGCCAGAGACCAGAGUGUCCACACGCCACAACAUUCGGAACAGGGCAGAACAAGGCGUCGCAUUUCCACUGUUUGAAGUGCGAUUUUGUGUGCACUGACACCAACAAGGUGGUCGCACAUCGCCGCCAACAUCAGAAACUAGACUCCAUACAAGCGGCCGGGUUCGAGAAGUUUCCACCAAGCAAAGGUUGCGGUUACGAGCCUCAAUGUAUCCACAGCAAGAAACAGACCCACUAUCAUUGUUUGCAGUGCGGUUUCGCGGUGCUUGGUUUAUCGCAAAUGACGUCACACAAGUACAAGCAUCAAGAGGCGAACCUCGGACCGUCCACUAGCGCCAACUGACCAACUACAUCAGUGACAUUUAAUGGAACUUUUUAGUGUGUGCUUCGGAACGUAGCCGCUUAUAGUAUACGAAAUGUUGAUCUUAGAAUCAUCUAGUUUUUUCAUUUUAAUUCGGACUUUUAUGUAAUUUCAGCUUAAGGAAACAAUUUUUAAUGCUUCUACGUUUGAUUUUUUUUAAUGUUUUUGGUUUAUAAAGAUCCGAAUUUAAUAUAAAAUCUAUGAAAAAAUUAUCCAUCUAAAUCGUGCCUUAGAUGCAAGUUUAACUAGUGUACACACGCGGCGAGUCGUGUGCCAAAUAUCUUGUAGAAAAAAAACUAUAUGAGAAUAUUAAAUUAAUAAAACUCGUAGACAAUAACAUGAGAUAUCUAAUAAUCAUAACGUACAGUGGUAAAAAGUGACAUGUGUAACGUAAUGUUGUGUAUAGUCUCAUGUUAUCGUGACCGGGUUAUACGAUCGUGUGUUCAAGUUGCUAAAAUGCAUUUUGCAUUAAUAUUAAGGUUUACAAAUGAUAGUGCAUGUUAAGUGUGUAUUUUCCUAAACUCCUGACCAAUUUUUUAGGUGAUAGUUAAAAUUUAAAAAGAUAUUUAUAUUUAUUACUACCCCCCAUGAAAAAGACAUUUUUACGGAUAGUAUUAUUAAUUUAGAUUUCGUAAAAUGAAGGCAAUAAUUGGGUUUAGAACACCAUGUUGUGCCUAGAACAGACAAUACAUUUUUAUGAUAAUUCCUGAUAUUAGUUAUUUAGGAGAAUGUCAGGGAUUAUCGGAAAAAUCAUAGAUUAAAAAAACGAAAGUAUAUUAAAAAAUAUUUAACAAAAAAAAUUGUCAAUUUUAUAAAACAUUGUAAAUAAGAAUAGAUUAUAUAUUAUCAGAAAAAAAUGCUAAAUGUUAAUAAUUGUUACGGAAUAUUGGAAUUAUAGAGUUGUAUGAAAGUAAACGAUUCGAAUAUGUACAGAACGAGUGCUAAUUUGUGAUUCAUGAGGUAGCCAUAAAAUGCCAUAUAACUUCAUACAUAUUUUUAGAUAUAAUGUUAAAAUUUCUAAAUUCAUUCGAUUUAUAAGAUUUAAGAAUAAUCGAAUUUGAAAUGACAAUAUUUAUAAUAAGUCAUUUAAUUUUGUAACUUAAUAAACCAAAAACACCGUGAAAUAGACUUUACCUUUGCAUUCCCGUUGUUUCCCGGAAACUUAUCAAACCAUUCCCGUGUGUAGUUUUAGCGGGUCAUUGACCUGUGACCGACUUUGGUUCAACCUAUUCCUAGCUUUUAUCAGUAUUUUGUUAGUUUAAGUCCUAUCCUAUUGUUCCUAUAUUACAUUUCAUUUCUAGUGAGCGUCCACUAGCAACAACUGGAGAAAAACGCAUUAUUUCAAAAUACUGCAAAUAAACAAUGUAACACGUAUUGCAAGUGGAAAUUCACACUAUCUUGUUUUGUAUCUAAUCUAAAUAAUUUCUUUUAUUAAUGUAAAUUUAUACUUUUAAGGCACUAUCGGCCACACUGAACUGAAUUUUUCAACAUCAAAAUUUAAUUGAAUUUCGUGUUCCAUCGUGGUGUUAUAAGAGGUGUUAUUCAAAUGUUUCAGUAUAUGGCCAUUUGUCCUAUCUUUAAAAUAGUCCGUGCCAUAAAUUUUUUAGUCAUGGUUUUGAUGUUUAAUUUUUACGUAAACUAGGUUUCUGUAUCAACUAAAUAAUUUUACUCUCCGUGCGUUACGUUUUUUGUAAAACUUAAUUCUCUAGUUGUCUGUAUUGUAGAUUUCAAUUCUCAUUGGCAAGUUAUUUUCUAUCAUUAUUGGUUGUUACGAAAACAUUUGUUUUGUUAUAUAAUUUUAUGUUUCAUGUUUUUUUUUUCUUCUCAUACUUUUACGUUUUUGUCUUUCACAGACUUCUUUUAAUAUUAAUCAAGUAUUUAUCUUAGUGUAUUUAGCGUAAAUUUUAGUUAUUAAAAAUAAUUUAAAUUCAUCCUUAAAUACAGUAUUUUGUCAAAGUAAAUGAAGUGUGGUGUGAAAUAUUAAAUAAAAUUUCGAUUUGUCGUACAAAAUUAUCCCUUGUUUAUAUUUAAUAUGUAAUUAUCAGAAUAUAUACGAAUUAUAAUUUAAGCAGUUUCUUUCUAUGAGAUUAAAAUUGGUAUAAAAUAGUUUAGCGUUGUUUACCUCAUGAGUUCUAGAAAUUAAAUGAGAAUAUACAAAAUUU